UCAUCAUUGCAACGCCGCGCUUUAUCUCCUCUUCUGCAACUCUCUCUCUCUCUCUCUCACUCACUGAGUCGCACUAACUCCAUGGGCUCAGCUUCUACACUCUCUCUAUGCUCUCACUCAACGGUGAAUUUUGAAUUUCAUCGGAGAAAACUAGGGUUUGGAAGGGACCAAACAAUAAACAGCUCACACAGAAGCUACGUUUUGCUUCCUAUUUCGCCUUCACUGUAUUUCAGUAGUAGUAGUAAUAGAAGUAAAUGCUUGCAGCUGAAACGCGUAAUUGUUCGAGCUGCCUCGUCUAGUAGUACUGGUUCGAGACGUUCGUCGAGUUCUCGGAGAGUUUACAAGGAAUCACAAGCUCAACCGCCAACAUUACCUGUUGAUCAAAUUGCUUCUUUUGUUGUGCCCGCCGGUGCUUUUGUGAUUAUCUCUUUUGUUUUGUGGAAGCUGGUGGAGAAAAUUCUUCAACCCAAACCAGCCAAGACUUCAGCAGAAGAAAGCAAAUCUACUGAAGGAGUAAAGUGGUUCAUCGCCCCUGGGACAAACUUGUUGCCUGGUUUUGGUGAAAAGAUUGAAAGAGAAUCCAAGCUAAGGCUUAAUGAGUUUGCUAAAGAGCUUAGAUCUUUCAGCAUUGUUGACAUGUCAGGUCGAAACUUUGGAAAUGACGGGCUAAUUUUCCUAGCAGAGAGUUUAGCAUAUAAUCAGACAGCAGAGGAAGUGAAUUUUGCUGCUAAUGGAAUAACUGCUGAAGGAUUGAAGGCCUUUGAUGGCAUCUUGCAAUCAAAUAUUGCACUAAAGACUCUUAACCUAUCUGGAAAUGCUAUUGGAGAUGAAGGAGCCAAGUGUCUAUGUGAUAUACUGGCAAAUAACUCUGGUAUUCAAAAGCUCCAGCUAAACAGCACCGGCCUAGGAGAUGAGGGAGCUAAAGCUAUUGGUGAAAUGCUGAAAACAAAUUCAACUUUGCGUGUAGUUGAACUAAACAAUAAUCAGAUUGACUAUUCUGGAUUUUCAGGUCUUGCUGGAUCACUUCUUGAGAAUAAAAGUUUACAAUCGUUGCAUCUCAAUGGCAACUAUGGUGGUGCUUUAGGUGCUGCAGCAUUGGCUAAAGGCCUGGAGGGCAAUAAAUCUUUGAGGGAACUUUAUUUGCAAGGGAACUCUAUUGGUGAUGAAGGAGUACGGGCAUUAAUUUCUGGCCUAUCUUUGCGUAAAGGGAAACUUGUCUUACUUGACAUGGCCAACAACUCAAUUACUGCUAGAGGUGCAUUUCAUGUAGCAGAAUAUGCCAAAAAAAGCAAAAGCUUACUAUGGUUGAACCUCUAUAUGAAUGACAUCAAAGAUGAGGGAGCUGAAAAGAUUGCAGAAGCUUUGAAGGAGAACCGCUCAAUAACUAACAUAGAUCUAGGGGGCAAUGACAUACAUGCUAAGGGUAUCAGUGCCUUAGCAGAAGUUCUGAAAGAUAAUUCUGUCAUUACCUCAUUAGAGCUUGGUUACAACCCCAUUGGACCAGAGGGGGCGAAGGCAUUAGCAGAGGUCCUCAAGUUUCAUGGAAAUGUGAAAGAUCUCAUGCUUGGUUGGUGUCAGAUUGGAGCCAAAGGUGCGGAGGCUAUUGCUGAUAUGUUGAAGUACAAUAGUACCAUCUCUAAUCUAGACUUGCGAGCCAAUGGACUAAGAGACGAGGGUGCAAUCUGCCUUGCUCGGAGUUUAAAGGUGGUCAAUGAAGCCUUGACAACACUCAAUUUAGGGUUCAAUGAAAUUAGAGAUGAAGGAGCUUUCUCCAUCGCUCAAGCACUGAAGGCAAACGAAGAUGUAAGACUCACAUCCAUAAAUCUUACCAGCAACUUCCUCACCAAACUAGGGCAGACAGCUCUCACAGAUGCAAGAGACCAUGUGUUUGAGAUGACUGAGAAGGAGCUUGCUGUUAUGUUCUAAAAUACUACUCCUUUGAUCAAAUAUGUUUUUCUUCCUACUUUCUAUUCUUGAGGUUGGGGCAUGGGUGCAUAGAUGGAGGAUUUUGUCGUCUUUUUUUUUUUUUUUUUUUUGCUUUUUUCUUUUUAGGGAAUAGAAUCACAGCCCACCAUGAUAUUCUUUCCACUGGCGUGGAUCAAGAGUCUACCCUUAGUUCCCUUGUUUCUGAAUUCUUGAGUGGGCAAGGGUGGGAAUUUUGGUAUUGAGCUAUGUACUGAUAUUGUCAAAGAAUUCUUCUUUUAGUCUUCUCAUUUGAUAAUGUAAGUGGCAUGUAUACGACAAUUCUUCAAUAUUAAUUGUUAGGUUAUAGUAAAUAUAAAACAGAUCCAGCGAGGUAUUCCUAUCGAGAACUUCAAUUAGUUUUUUUUU